AUGUACCCAAAUUCUCCAGCCAAUGAAAUGAAACAUUUAUUGGAUCAUCAUGCCUUCAUUGUCAACACCGAUCGCAAAUCUCUAUUCGCCCAAAUUAAAACGAUGGUCUCCCAGGCGCAAGAAGUUGCCCUCAAAGAAUUAAAUCAACGACGUAAUGCCUUAAAAGAACUAUUGGAACGUGAGGAUAAAAUCUAUGAAGAGGAAUUCGCGAAUAAAGUAAAAUCACGUAUGGACGAUGACAGAAAACAGCGCAAGGAAAUUUUGCUACAAAUUAAAGAAGAAAAUGCCAGAAAUGAGCAGGAAUUCCUGAAGACCAAGCGCAUACAGCAGUACAUGAACAGUUGCUAUGAGAUACGUGAAGCUGUGCGGCAUCGGGAAAUGUUAAAAGUUAAAGAAUGUCAACAGGAGCAGAUCUUGGAAAAGGAAAGAGCCCUUAGAAGGCAACAGCAGGAGGAGGGCUAUUGGCUGAAGGUGCAGCAGAAAAAUAUCGAAGAAAUGGAUAGACAACAACGACAGGAAGAAUCCCUAAUGAAAUCACUGACACGGCACGUUGCGGAUACUUUAAAAGUUCAAUUAGUUGAACUUGAGGAGAAGAGAGAUAAAAUACGGCAAGAAAAAUUGGAAGAAAAACAACAAUUGGAUGUGUUAUUGGAAGAGAUACGUUUGGAAGAAUUCGAUCGUAAACAUAGAGGCAUUUCUCCAAAGAUUUUAAAAUAUCGCCGAGAACUUCUUGAUAUGAUAUCAGAAAAGCAAAUACGCCACCAAGAAGAACAACAAGAAUACAUCGAAAGCCAUCAAGAAAUGUUAAAGGGAAUAUCUGAAAUGGAUGCUAAAGAGGCCAGGGAUUUAAUGGAGAAAAAGAAAGCUUUGCACAAAGCCACAAUUGACUACAUCAAAUAUGUUAAACAUAUGCGUGAUAUAGAGCGACAACAACUCGAAAUGUAUAACAAUCGCAUCGACGAUUUACAUCGUGUUGAUAACUGUACCAAACGUAAUAUACAACGUGAAAGGGAAUGUAAAGCCCGCUUGGCGGAGGAAUGUUUUGCUGAGCUACUCAAACAAAUUCAGGAGCAAUGUGAACGACGUUUACGCGAAGAGGCGGAACAGCGUGAAUGUAAAAUUUUGGAAAAUCGUUUUGUUCGAGAAGAAAAAUCACGUCAAGAAAUUAUUGAGGAAAGACAAAGACAUCGUCGUGAAUUGGAUAAUCAGAUACAACAAUUGAAAAGGAUACAAUCAGAAGAGGAAGCUAAAUUUAAUAAGGAUUUAAAAAGAGCUUCUAAUGAUCCUGAAUUUUGUUCUCAAUUGGCCGGACAGUAUAUUAGCGAGGGUAUUGAUUAUUUGGAACCUCAUGCAAAUUGGCGUUUAUUAUCUGGUCCCAGCAAACCAUGUUGUCCUACGGAAAUAAAAAUAACAGAUCGGAAGACAAUGGAUAGAAAAAUGCCAGAGAAAAUUAUGUUGACAAAAGAAAACAUGAAAUUACAAG